GAAGUGACGUUUGUUUACUAAUUUUGUAGAGUUGGCGAUUGUUAUUAAAAUUGUGAAUUUUUAGAGAUUUAAUUCACUAAAAUAGUAAUUUAAGUGAUUUUAAUUGAAUUUAUCAGAUGCUGUUUCAUUAAAGAUAAGUAGCGCUCAAAUUGUGGUCACAAUCAUGACACAACCUAACUUACUAGAUAUUGUGCCUGAGCAACUAUUUCAAACUCAUUUUAUUAGUGACAUUGAUCAAGUACAGAAGAAAUUACAAUAUGAAAUCGAGAGAAAACGAGAAGAGCUACGGGCUAUGGUCGGGGAAAGGUACCGAGACCUAAUCCACGCAGCAGAUACAAUAGAAGAAAUGAAGGUAACUACAGCCAGUACUCUCAACCACAUUGGUGAAAUGAUGUCGGCAUGUAGGAAUUUGCACAACACACAUCUUGUUGGAUUCAAGAUUGAAAAUAAAGCUGCUCAUCAAAGUUUUCAGUUCUCCCAGACAGACUCAGUUCACAGUUUAGCAGUUCAAGUGAAGUUGCUGAUGGAAAUACCUGAGAAGAUAUGGACUUGUAUUGAAGCAGAGGACUUUGUGAAAGCCACACAACUUUUCAUAAUGGCUAGGCAUGUAAAUACUGGUAUACAACUACAAAUUGGCGGCAAGAACAUCAAGCCAGGCAUGCAGUCACUGCACCGGCUGGUUCAACAACAUUGGAACUCGAUAUCCAAUUUCAAUCAGACAAUAGUUGACGUUUGCAGGCAGAAGUUGCAAGAUGUUGACAUUGGAGUAGAGGUGGCAUGCUCCUGCCUCGUCAGCUUAUAUCUCCUGGAUUCACAAUCCUUGGUGGAGCUCCUUAACACUCUAAUCAGCCUUCAGAGUCACAGCAGCCUCAAGUCCACUCUUCGCUUUGACUUGGCCAACAUUUUGGAAGGAGACGUCAAGGCGCAAAUAAGAGAAAAGAUUGUGAACGGAGUGAAAAUCGUUUUGAAAACUGUUGUUUUGGUGUAUGCUUGUUUUGUUGAUAAUGAUGGUGGAGCAGUGCUGGCUCAACUGAAAGAACUUUUCAGAAAGGAUUCGCAACCUCUAGUCGAACUGGCUCGCUUUAGUGAUCCGGUUGGCUUGAAACUCCUACCGCCUGUUAUUUACAACUACAGGCUGUCAUCCAACAAGGAAGUGCAAGGGUUAGCCAAAGAAGAAAUAACGAAAUGCGUCCAAAAGUGGGGCGUUUGGGUGAAGUCAUUCAUCGAGGAGAGUGUUCAAGCGUUGCUUCAGAACAUUACGAGGGUGAAGUUCUUGCAUGAGAUUAGAGAAGAGGCUUUUAAAGUUGAAACCCCAUCAAACUGGGGCGCCAUCUGCACAUCCCUCGACAUUCCCGAAGUCCACGUGUGGUGCCACUACUUCCAACCUCUUCUGACAGCACGGGUCAAGGCAAUCAUAGACAACCGCUGGGUCAAAGUCUACGAUCAGUUCAAGACGCAAAUAUUAGUGGACUUAACCAAAGUGUCCUCAGAAAGCGAAACGGAGAAAGAAGCGGACAUCAACUGGUUCGUGUGGAAAGACCUCAUCGGCGAGACGGUUAUAGAGUCAAGGAAUGACGUCAUUAAGGUCAUGACGUCACUUAUGAAAGGCAUGACCCGCCAAGACCAAGGCAUCACUCCAACCCUAGAAAAGCUUUGCGAAGCUUUAGACAGCGAGCUUUGCAAGCUUCUGGAAGACUUAAAAGUAUACUUGAGUCGGGACAAGAGAAACGCUGUGACCAGAGACAAGAUACUCUUUGCUUAUGAAGAAGAUGAUGAGUCGGACCAGAUAUACAGCGACAAGGAAGACAUUGAGUUGUAUUUGAGGGAUAUAUCAGAUAGGAAUAUUCAGAGCAUGCUUCAAUACAUAAAGGCGUGUUUCGAAGAGCCAACUCUCCAAUCAACUGAGCUCCAAAGAAAAACUACCGCCAUAUACACCGCUCGCUACUCUCAAGCGAUUCCAACCCUUAUGCCCAACUUACGCAAGUGCUAUAUUCCUGAAGAACAAAACACAUUAGGAGUUAUAAGCGUAGACGAAAAUGCUGUUAAAAGAUGGAAUGAGCUUUGUGCGAUGUUAAAGGAAAGUUAUCUCUAUUGUUGGGGCAAAUGGGUGGAUAUUGUGGAAGCUAAAAUUGAGGAAUUGACCAAAGGUUUGCCCCAAGAGUUUACGUUGGAAGCAAAUGUUGACUAUUUGAUGAUGCAAUGGGACGUAAUAAAGAUAGAAGAAAAGGAUGACGAAGGGAAUGCAAUAGAAUCAACAAUUAAAGUACCCGCGGGCCCUUCUUUGAAACUUCAAGAAUAUCUAUACUCCAUAAGCAGAAUAUUAGACGAAGUAGUACCACACACCUUACCUAUAGAAAUCCACACAUUGUUCAUCGAAAAACUGACAACUAUCACGUUCGCACACUACAACCGAGUUAUACGUGAGAAAGAGGCAGAUAUAAAUCAGAGAUGCGCGCUCCAAUUGCUUAUGGAUGUGAGGCACAUGACUUUGUUGUUGGUUCCUAGAGAGAAUAAAAAAUCUAUGGAGUUGUCUCAUGAAGUAUGUGAAUUUUUGAGACAGAAGAUCGAUCCGUUUGAUUAUGAUGUUUUCUAUCCGUAUAUUCAAACUAAUUUGAAGAGAUCAGUGCAAAGGGUUCAGACUCUCCUAGGCAGUUUGAUCCUCCACCACGGCCAGCUGACCGGUAUUAUCGGGAACAAACCGGUAUUGUCCGGCGGCAGCGGAGACAAAGCAGCCGGUUUGCUUGCUUCAGGAGAUUCCCACUGGUUCUCACUGCUACCGGUGGCCACACCACCCAGCUUGCACAAGAAGCAGGAUAAACCGACAAAGAAGAAAGUCAUAGCGGCCAGCCCUAACAAAUCCAGGUCGGACAUAUCUGACCUUAUGACCAGUUCGCUGCCCAUCAACUUCGCCAACGCUCGUUCCGGGGCCGCUUCGUUCUUCAACUCUAUGACGUCAGAUUGGUUCAGUGGCUCAUAGUCCUUAAAUAGUGUAUAGUCUGGUCUGCGAGCACGUAGAAUUUUGUCCAAUGACCCCAAGCUACCCAUCCUUAUCGCUCGCGCGUAAUUAUGUUGCUGUCACGCUCGCACACUCACUGCGGGCGCCCGUCGCACAGUCGCGACAGCAAUAUAAUUACGCGCGAGCGAUAAAAAUGGGUAGCUUGAGGUCAUUGGACAAAAUUCUACGUGCCCACAGACCGAGCUUUAGGUGGUGUCAACUGACGUCAUAAUCCUGUAGUUUGACAUUUAAUGUAAGCAUAGGCACGAUGUCCAUAGACACAACUGUCCAUUGUCCAUAGACAAAGAAGGUCAUAGCGGCCAGUCCUAACAAAUC